AUGAUUUCAGCCAAGGCAAUCGGCUCACUCGCUCGGUUUCGGACUACCUAUUUGGUGCUGAUCAUUUCAAUGUACGGGUUGCUAUUUGGACUGGACACAGCGGCUGUGGCAGUGACCUUGCCCAUGCUAAAGGCUCAAUUCGGACUCGGGGUCAUUGUAGGCUUUGCUCACGGAAUUUCCACAAUGAUUGCACCAGUUUACAUUGGAGAACUGUCACCAAAAGAAUUCCGUGGCCUGUUCAUCUCAUUCAGUAGCGUAGGAAUUAACUUGGGAAUGCCCGUGGGCUUUACAUUGGCAACAGUUAUGAGCACAGUCCCAAACUACAGCCGGUGGGUGUUUACUAUUAUCGCUAUACUGAGUUUUAUUGUCGCGGUGCUCAUGUACACGUUAGUUCCCAAUUCGCCUCGAGAUCUUAUUUUCCACGGUCACAACAAAGAGGCCCGUGUUGUGAUACAGAGACUCAGCUUUUCAAAAGCUUUGUCGGACGAAGAGGUCACUGUGGAAGUGAGCUUGCUGUCCAAGGCUAUUAGGAGCGAACAAUUGCCAAAAUUCAGCGAUUUAUUCACCGCUGGAAACAGGCGGGCACUGACUGUCGCCUGUACGCUCCAGAUUGCCAAACAGUUGUCGGGAUUCACCGCGCUGCAGUUCUUCUCGGUGUACCUAUUUAAAAUUAUAGGCUUGACCAAGGGCCACAUAUCGCAGCUUCCGACCAUUAUGCUGGGCUUGGUUCAGUUUAUAUCCGCCGUCGCCUCGCUGGGGAUUAUCGACUUCAUGGGACGCCGGAAGCUUUUGCUCAUUUCCACGCUGGCAAUGACUGCUGGACUUAUUGUCCUUGGCGGCUCAUUUGUAAUGAUAACCGGGUUUGAUCAGAUUAACAAAGCCCAAUGCUCAGAGUAUUCAAGGUGUGGGUCAUGCCUACUGGACACGGCGUGCGGAUGGGCAGCUAAAGCAAACGUGUGCAUGUCCCAAAAACCCAGCACCUUGGGCUUUCCGGCAUUGGCAGACAGCUGCCAGCUGCACACCUCCCGGGAUCACAUUGGCAGCUGGAUGGCUGUAGCUUCGCUCAUUAUUGCGCUGGGUGCAAUGUCGCUGGGCCUAGGAAGCAUACCGUGGGUUAUCCAGGCAGAGAUGUUCGGCCAGUCUCUGCGCAGCAAGGCUGGUGGCGUGGCGUCCAUCUGCAACUGGCUGUCGUCGUUUGUCUCAACUGUAUCGUUUUUGCGGCUGGCCUUUGUUGUCACACUGCCCGGCAUAUUCUGGCUCUACGCAGGAUUGCUUUUGGCAAUAGUGGCAUCUGUUUAUUGGGCAAUUCCAGAGACGGCUGGACGAGCGCUCGAGGAUAUCGCCGAGGGCGUGGGCAGCGAGGCCCAACGUGGCAGUAAAAUGGCUGUUAUUGUGGCCAAAUGGCAUAAUCAGCAUCGGGAUGAGAGUGAAUGUAAAGACGCAUUGUAG